CCCACUGAGGCAUCAAGUUUGUGAGACUCGCAACAGCUAGUUUGUUAAGAGGCUAUAGCUGAAUGUGCAGCAAAGACUUCAAGUCUAACUGCGCUCUUUGGUUUAAAUCACUCGUUUAGAGUUUAAUAAGAUGGAUAUGAAAAAGAGAAUUCACUUGGAGUUGCGAAACCGAACGCCAUCAGACGUGAAAGAACUUGUGCUCGACAACUGUCGGUCAAAUGAGGGCAAAAUUGAGGGCUUGACUGAUGAGUUUGUGGAACUGGAAUUUCUAAGCACAAUCAACGUAGGCUUAACGUCAGUUGCCAAUUUGCCGAAGCUAAACAAACUGAAAAAGCUCGAGCUUAGCGAUAACAGAAUCUCAGGGGGUCUUGAGGUACUGUCAGAGAAAUGUGCAAACCUCACCCAUCUCAACCUCAGUGGCAACAAAAUUAAAGACCUCAGCACCAUCGAACCCUUGAAAAAAUUGGAAAGCCUCAAAAGUUUAGACUUAUUCAACUGCGAGGUGACAAACCUGAACGACUACAGGGAAAAUGUUUUCAAGCUGCUCCCUCAGUUGACGUAUCUCGAUGGAUAUGACAAAGAAGAUAAAGAGGCUCCAGACUCUGAUACGGAAGCGUACGUUGAAGGGCUAGAUGAUGAUGAUGAUGAUGAUGAGGAGGGAGAAGAAGAGGAUUAUGAUGAGGAUGCAGCUCCAGGAGAUGAAGAUGAAGAGGAGGGAGAGGAGGAGGAUGAUGAAGAAGAGGGAGAAGAGGAGGAAGAAGAGGACAUCAGUGGAGAGGAAGAGGAGGAAGAGGAUUUAAAUGAUGGAGAGGUAGAUGACGAAGAAGAUGAGGCGGAACGGGGUCAGAAGAGAAAAAGAGAGUUGGAUGAGGAAGGGGAGGAAGAUGAUGACUGAACGUGCACUCCCCAUUUGUGACCUGACCGUUUAACCCCUGUAUAUCUGUCCUAUUGUCACUCUGCGAUGGUUUGGGGAGGUAUUCAAAUGGUAGGGGGUGGGCUUAGCAUAAACGAGGACACAGUUUAAAUAUUUGUUUUUAGCCUCAUUUUUUUGUUGUUGUUGCCGUUGUUGUUGUUUUUUCUUUUGGUUUGGUUUGUACUUUCAGUUUGAUUUCUUUCAUUUUCUCCAAAAGCUCUUCAUGGCUGACAACACCGUGUGGAAAUUUAUUAUUGUUGGAAAGACCAGUAUGCUCUUUGUAAUUUUCCCCUCUCUCUUUACUGUUGAUGCGUAAAUGCUGGUGAUGACUUAUGUAUUAAAAAACAAAAACAAAAAAAAAAACAACCAAAACC